GGCGGCGGCGGCGCGGCCCGGGAGACCAGGCGCAUGCCGCCAUGCAGCACUACGGGGUGAACGGCUACUCGCUGCACGCCAUGAACUCUCUCAGUGCCAUGUAUAACCUGCACCAGCAGGCGGCCCAGCAGGCCCAGCACGCCCCGGACUACCGGCCGUCAGUGCACGCUCUCACACUGGCCGAGCGCCUGGCUGACAUCAUCUUGGAGGCCCGCUAUGGCUCGCAGCACCGCAAACAGCGCCGCAGCCGCACAGCGUUUACGGCUCAACAGCUUGAGGCCCUGGAAAAGACCUUCCAGAAGACCCACUACCCAGAUGUGGUGAUGCGUGAGAGGCUGGCCAUGUGCACCAACCUGCCUGAGGCCCGGGUGCAGGUGUGGUUCAAGAACCGCAGGGCCAAGUUCCGAAAGAAGCAGCGCAGCCUGCAGAAAGAGCAGCUCCAGAAGCAGAAGGAGGCCGAAGGCUCCCACGGGGAAGGCAAGACAGAGGCCCCAACCCCAGACGCCCAGCUGGAGACCGAACAGCCCCCGAGCCUGCCCAGUGGUGACCCCCCCGCUGAGCUUCACCUGAGCCUGUCUGAGCAGUCGGCCAGUGAGUCAGCCCCUGAGGACCAGCCAGACCGGGAGGAAGAUCCCCGGGCAGGGGCCGAGGACCCCAAAACUGAGAAGAGCCCUGGGGCUGAGAGCAAGGGACUGGGCUGCAAGAGGGGCAGCCCCAAGGCAGAUUCCCCAGGCCUGGCUCUGGCUCCUGCAGCCCCCGGGGGUGGCCUCCUGGGCCCUUCCCACUCCUACUCCUCAUCCCCUCUGAGCCUCUUCCGGCUGCAGGAGCAGUUCCGCCAGCACAUGGCUGCCACCAACAACCUCGUCCAUUACUCGUCCUUCGAGGUGGGGGGCCCGGCCCCUGCCGCUGCUGCCGCUGCCGCGGCCGCCGUGCCCUACCUGGGCGUCAACAUGGCCCCGCUGGGCUCCCUGCACUGCCAGUCCUACUACCAGUCCCUGUCAGCGGCCGCGGCGGCCCACCAGGGCGUGUGGGGGUCCCCACUGCUGCCCGCGCCCCCCACCGGCCUGGCACCUGCCUCAGCUGCCCUGAACAGUAAAACCACGAGCAUCGAGAACCUGCGGCUUCGGGCCAAGCAGCACGCGGCCUCUCUGGGACUCGAUACACUCCCCAACUGACUGCUGGCCUCAGCCUCAGCCAGGGGUCUUGGGUGCCACCUCCCAGCCCCAGGGUUAUCCCCCGAUGGCUUGCAAGGAAUUAACUCUAGGAGCCCAGGGAUCCCGGGGCCUUGGAGUCUUGCUCCCAGUCCCCCUCCCCAAGUCCCAGCCCUAGGUGAAGCCCACACUUGCACACCCUCUGCAUGGCCCUUGCUUGGAUCCGAUGGAGGCCACAGGGGGGUGGGGGAGGCGAGGCCAGGGUGCCUGCGGCCUU